AUGCAGCAGCAGCCGCCGCUUCACCCCGGGCCAAGCGCUGCUCGGCUCCCACACAACAGCGCUCUCCGCGCCGGCCUGCGCAGUUGCAAAGCGGCACAAAUUGCUGCGCACUUCCCAAGCUUUGCAGCCGCUGCUCCAAAAAGGCGCGCAGCAAGGCAGCGGAGCGGUUGUAGAGGUGAAUGCGCCAAAGGGACACUCAGGCGCCCCACCACCACACAAAAAAACCAAACCCACCUGCCCUGGAAAGCCAGCAACCAACCUCCCUCCCCUCCUGUCCACACACGAAAAGCGAAGCAGCAGCAGCCGUUCCCUGGAUCCAACGUACCAGCAGGAAGCAGGUGCGUGCAAAAAAAGUGCAAAUCGCUCAGUGGACUCAAACAAGUGAGCUAAUCGCACUCUCCGCGCUAAAGGCAACGCACAUAGAUUAAGGUUACAUAUUUUUUUCAAUGAAUCUGGGGACACUUUUCAACUUCAGUGGAUUUUGUAUGGAGAUUGAUUACUAAAUCCAGGGACUGUCCCCGGGAAACGGGGACAUCUGUUAACCUUAACAUAGAUUGCUAGCUCAUUUUGUGCUCUGAACGGAGUAUGAACCACUAGUCUCAAGAUGGUAACGCAUGGGAAGAAGAGUCUUUCUGAAUCUCCCAAGUGAUACAGCCCGAAGUGCGUGAGGCCUGCGGAUAAUUCAAGAAAGGGGAAAGGGUGGGCGUGUGUUGGAGAUGGCGAACGCCUGGCUAGCACCCCCGUAGCUAUGGCUCUGCGAAAAGCCCAUAUUUGUACAGUCUGAAUGUCAUGUUUACAGCAUCAUAAAGGAGUCAGAAUUAAAGUUCAGAAGUGUGUGGAACUCUUUUUAACUAUUGCAUGAGCAUGGAAUUCCCUUACCAAGGAAGUUUAUCUAUCUGACUCCUACUGUAAUACUUCAAAUAGUAUUUGCCUUGCAUUGUUUAAAUAGAUUGGAGGGCUGGUGGCUGUCUCUCUAGCUGGAAAACUGAGGACUGGACUGGCAUUGCUUACGCUUGAAUUUUCUUAUUUAGAUCACCGUAUAUUUAUAGUCAAUUAUUGUUUUUUAUUGUGCCUAUUAACUUUAUUGCUCACUGCUUGGAGUGCCGUGGAUUGUAAAGCAAUUUAUAAACAUGACAGAUGGUUAGAUAGAUGUCCUGGCUCCUUCCUUCCCUCCCCCCUUCCUUCCUUGCUUCAAUUCCUGAGAUGAGGAAGUGGAGAAAUCCAUAAAGGGGAUCCAGCCGAGUCAUUCUUUGUCUAUUCCAAGUUGAUAAACAUUCAAGUAACACUGAAACAUGCCCGGGCAAGAUCUAGCUAUCCCACAUUCCCUUAGUGGGGAAAGGAAUCUCACUCAGAUAGUUGGAAUCAUUGGGUUAGAAAGGAUCCACCACCUUUACACUACCUAUCCAAAUUUCACCAGAUAAUGGUCCAACCGAGACAAGGGGGUGCAUACCAGAACUUCAAAUUCUGUUUGGAAAUGAACCAGCAUAUAAUGUAGCUAUUUAUUCCUUGGUGGUCAUUUAGCUGGCCUCAUCCUAACCUACAGCCAACAGCCUAGCAGCAGGAUUUUGGACAAAAUUACAUUUUUGAGAGGUAGCCUCAUAUGCAAUAUGCUGCAAUGGUCUAAUUUGAAUAUUGCAAGACCAUAGAAAAGUGGACCAGCUAUCUGUUUUUCCCCAAGGCAUCAGGUGGUACACCAGCCAGAAUUAGUGACCAGUGAUUCAUGCCACAUGGGCAUUCAAAGGUAUGGGUUCACCCAAAACAGCCCCAAAAUGUAAACCUGACCCUUCAGAGGCAAUGGAACCCAUCUAGAUCAGGUUGAACAUACCACCUUCUCUGGUUCCAUCAAACCACCUCCCAACGAUAUUUCCUUCUUGUCUAGUUUAUAUACGAAAGCCAGUUCCCAACAUUCUCUUUUACUUUCCUUACAUUCUAACACACAUUUCCAACAUUCUAUCCAAUAUUUCCAAAAUCCACUUUCUCUCUAGCCUACCCCCUUCCGCCCCUCCAAAAAACAACAACCCCAAAGGCAUUGAACAGGUCUAAUGCCACCCCAAGAAUAUCUCUAAGUUUACGCCUUUAUUUUAUCCUGUUUUGGAGAGUCAUUAUCAUGCAUUCCUAUAUGGAAAAGCAAAAUAUUACCUUGUCAGAGAAUGUAGCAGUGAGAGUAAAGCCUGCUCACCAUUCCUGAUGCUGAGUGACGCCAGCAAAACGAUGGGAAAGGACCGUCCUUGUUCAUCUGCAGGCCACUCCAGAUCUGCAGGGAAAUAUGUUUCAGAUGUUCUCCUUUAAUUCAUAGAAUCAUGGAAUCACAGAAUUGGAAAUUUGAAAGGGAUCCUGAGGGUCAUGUAGUCCAACCCCCUGCAGUACAGGAAUCUAGUUCAACCCCCUGCAAUGCCAUCAAACCUUUGCUUAAAAGCCUCCACUGAGGGAGAGUCCACCACGUCUUGAGGGAGUCUGUUCCACUGUCUAACAGCUCUUACCAUCAUAAUGUUCUUCCUGAUGUUUAGUCGGAAUCUCCUUUCUUAUAACUUGAAUGCAUUGGUUCACAUCCUACCCUCUGGAGCAGGAGAACUGAACAGGGUGGGGGGAAAGCUAAAGAACAGAAUUGGUUAGGGAUGUUGGGUGGCCACAAGUUCCUCAUCCCCACUUUUCAGUCUCAGUAGAAUUUCUACCUGGCAGCAUUUGAUCUGAUUUUUCUUGGUUGGUUAGUUUACUUGUUUACUAAACACUAAAAUAGUGUUACGAUUGCUGAAAUAUUUUCAUGAUGGACUGUUUUUUAUUUCUUACCUUUUAUUACUAAAAAGUUCAUUAUGGGAAUGUUAAUGUAUUGCUCAGAAUGUGGCUUAGCAUUUCAGAAUUUAGGCAGUGAAAAUGAAUAAAUGAAUCAAUGUGAAUUUCCUGAUAUGUAAACAGACAGUGCUGCUUAAUUACUUUAUAGAUCACUACGCUCUUUAAGGAUGAAUGCUCAUUCAUAAAUAUCAGAGGGUGUCACCUCUGAACCCCACCAGCUCUCUGUAGCUUUGAACCAGCAUUGUGCAGGGGUCAGAGUGUUGGACUAGGACUAGCUACUCCCAGGUUCAAAUUUCCACUCAUCCAUGAAGCUCAUUGGGUGACCUUGAGCCAGUCACAAACUAUUCUCAGCUCUAUAUAUUUGUUAUGAUAGAAAGGGGAAGGGAGGAACAUGCACACUGCCUGAGAGCCUGGCAAGAAAUAUGGGGUGUAAAUGUACCAAAUAAUCAUAGAAUCAUAGAGUUGGAAGAGACCACAAGGGCCAUCGAGUCCAACCCCCUGCCAAGCAGGAAACACCAUCAGAGCACUCCUGACAUAUGGUUGUCAAGCCUCUGCUUAAAGACCUCCAAAGAAGGAGACUCCACCACACUCCUUGGCAGCAAAUUCCACUGUCGAACAGCUCUUACUGUCAGGAAGUUCUUCCUAAUGUUUAGGUGGAAUCUUCUUUCUUGUAGUUUGGAUCCAUUGCUCCGUGUCCGCUUCUCUGGAGCAGCAGAAAACAACCUUUCUCCCUCCUCUAUGUGACAUCCUUUUAUAUAUUUGAACAUGGCUAUCAUAUCACCCCUUAAUCUCCUCUUCUCCAGGCUAAACAUGCCCAGCUCCCUUAGCCGUUCCUCAUAAGGCAUCGUUUCCAGGCCUUUGACCAUUUUGGUUGCCCUCCUCUGGACCCGUUCCAGUUUGUCAGUGUCCUUCUUGAACUGUGGUGCCCAGAACUGGACACAGUACUCCAGGUGAGUCUGACCAGAGCAGAAUACAGUGGCACUAUUACUUCCCUUGAUCUAGAUGCUAUACUCCUAUUGAUGAGGCCCAGAAUUGCAUUGGCUUUUCUAGCUGCCGCGUCACACUGUUGGCUCAUGUCAGGUAUGUGGUCAACCAAGACUCCUAGAUCCUUUUCAAAUGUACUGCUCUCAAGCCAGGUGUCACCCAUCUUGUAUUUGUGCCUCUCAUUUUUUUUGCCCAAGUGCAAUACUUUACAUUUCUCCCUGUUAAAAUUCAUCUUGUUUGUUUUGGCCCAGUUCUCUAAUCUGUCAAGGUCGUUUUGAAGUGUGAUCCUGUCCUCUGGGGUGUUAGCCACCCCUCCCAGUUUGGUGUCAUCUGCAAAUUUGAUCAGGAUGCCCUUGAGUCCAUCAUCCAAGUCGUUGAUAAAGAUGUUGAAUAAGUCCGGGCCCAAGACAGAACCCUGUGGCACCCCACUAGUCACUCUUCUCCAGGAUGAAGAGGAACCAUUGAUGAGCACCCUUUGGGUUUGGUCAGUCAGCCAGUUACAAAUCCACUGAGUGGUAGCAUAGUCAAGACCGCAUUUUACCAGCUUCUUUACAAGAAUAUCAUGGGGCACCUUGAUAUUCUCUGCCUGCCAUCCGGUGAAAUCAAUGCUCAGUCACAAAGAAACGCUGGUAGCAGCAGGGCAUGGCUCAUUUUAAAUUCACGGUAUGCUGGUAUCUUUCACCCUCCUGUAACCAGUUUUAUAUAGUACAUUAAAAUACACACCAUUUCUCACUCAUAAUUCUCAAAGCUCACCUCUCAAAGAUGGUGAGCUUGCUGGGCAAUUACAAGGCCAGGUUUUGUACUGGACAGAAAAUGUCCAAUCGACUUCCAAAAUGCUGUGCCAGUCGAGAAUUUGGCGUGUAUUCCUAUGAAAUGGACAAAGGCCAAAUAUGCAGUCAUAGUUGCUUGCAAGAAAUUAAGGCUCUUCUGGAACAUGGGAAGAGCUUGUAUCGCCAGAGAAUGUUAUGAUCCAGAAACAAUGGAUUCUCCUGUAGAUUGGUUCAAACCCAAGACUAUAUUAAAACUGCAUGUUUCUAAAACCAGCAACAGAGGUUCAUACAGAAAUGUAACCUGGCUUGAAUUUGAACAUCCCAAUAAUAAAAUAUAUUGCCAAACAGCAACAUAUACAUGGAAGCCACAAUAUUCUCUCGUUUUAAAGACCUCUUAUUAACCGUCAGUGUUGUGAAUUUCAUUAGAGUGCCUACUGCUUAAGAUGGACAUGUAAGGACAUAUUUCUAGCCCUGGCCUGGUAUCCAUUAAAGACAAGACAAUGUUUUCUUCCUGGAAGUGGCAUCUUGUUGUGCAAUGUUCAGACCAAUGUGGAAUGCUCUAUAUGGUAUAGAAAAGUGGUUCCAUUGUUUCAUAUCAUGCGUAUGCUAUGAUAUGUGGAGAUAUACUGUAGCCUAAGUAUCCAUGAGAUAAUAUUCUUAUUUACUUACUUACUUACUUACUUACUUACUUACUUACUGGCAGACAGUACCCAGUGUUGCUUGGGAAUUCUAAGAAACCAAAAUAUACUAAGAUUAAUAAAUUGAUAAUGUAAUUUGUUAGCGUGAGAGCUGGACCAUAAAGAAGGCUGAUCACCGAAGAAUUGAUGCUUUUGAAUUAUGGUGCUGGAGGAGACUCUUGAGAGCCCCAUGGACUGCAAGAAGAUCAAACUUAUCCAUUCUGAAGGAAAUCAGCCCUGAGUGCUCACUGGAAGGACAGAUCCUGAAGCUGAGGCUCCAAUACUUUGGCCACCUCAUGAGAAGAGAAGACUCCCUGGAAAAGACCCUGAUGUUGGGAAAGAUAGAGGGCACAAGGAGAAGGGGACAACAGAGGACGAGAUGGUUGGAUAGUGUUCUUGAAGCUACCAGCAUGAGUUUGACCAAACUGCGGGAGGCAGUGGAAGACAGGAAUGCCUGGUGUGCUCUGGUCCAUGGGGUCACGAAGAGUCGGACACGACUAAAUGACUAAACAACAACAAAGUAUUGUAGAAGCCCAUGUAACCCAAGUCAAACUGGAACACACCCAGUCGCUGUUGUGGUUGGCACCUGAAAGAAACAAAACAUGAGAGGCAAACUGCUUUUUAUGUAGAGAAGAAGGAAAAAUAAGACAGAAUGUAGAUAGAAGGAAUAUAUUAUGUUUCGGGGGGGAAACCCAACUUCAAGUCCUUUUUUAAAAAAGCAGAAGAACCUUAGACACUUGGGCUUUCCAAAGGAAACAAGGAUGGUACAAGAAUUCAACAUUUCUGCCAAGUAAUAAUAUUCUAAGUUUUCAUCAACCCUUAGGAAAAGACAUCUCUAUCCUACCAUGACACAUGGUAUUCUGAUGAUGUGCCUUUUUUCUUUCUUCAGUUCUGCUAAAAUAAGCGGAAAACAAGAUGUUGUCAUGGUUAAAAAGUAGAAGUCAGAACAGCAAUGCAACCUGGAAAGCUGCUGCCAGUUGGUCUACAGGCAAACGGUGGGGUGGAGGGCAGCUUUGAGAUCAGGGACAGCAGCAGCAGCAGCUGCCCUGAGGACUCCCAAGGAGAGGGGAGAAGAGAGGAGGAGGCUGAGGGAACACUCCACAAGGGAAGGUGUUCGAAAAAGGGUGAGAAGCUGCAGGCAAGGAGAGACAUAACUGGACUCCUGAGCCCCACAGGGGCGCAGCAAAAAGAAUGUAGUUGGUUAAGGGAGCCAUGGAUUCAAAAAAGUUGAAAACCUCUGCCCUAUGAAGCAGAAUUAAAUGUAUUCUACAAAGAGAAGAUCCCCCUCCACUCAAAAUAUUGUGCUAUCUAGUCUUAGACUAACCAUUGGCGCAACGGGACUCAAACUCAUAAUGAUGUCUGAGCACAUCAGAGUCUGUGGUUGUACUUGGUGACAUUUGCGGUAUUAACAUAUGUAUACGUUUUACAUUGUGAGAGCUUUUCAUCAUGGCGGGGGAGCAUGAGCAAGCCAGGCAGUUAUGUGUGUUCUGGUAUUUGGCACAACUAAUAAAGAAAAUUAAUUGUGAUAGAUAUAAGGAGGCGAUUGGUUGCUUGAACCAACUUUUUAAUAUUCAAUGCUAGGUAUUGCGCUGAGGGAGAGAAAUGGCAGCUGCUUGAUACUGAGAGCAGCUGCUCAGUUCAGUAUUGCUGUCACUGGAGAAGCCUAUGCAGUAGAGAGGGACUGCUGGAAGCUGUAGCAUUGCAUAAUUUGACUGCUGUACAUCUAGAAGCGCAAACUAUGCUGUGGAGUUAUUAACUACAGGUAGCACAAACUGUGUUUUUGUUUAUUAAGUCUGAACCCAGGCAAUGAAGGUUUCCCUUUAGAGCUACAUUAUUGCCUUUGGUUUGCAUAAGAAAAAGAAUACAGUAGUGCCUCGCAAGACGAAAUUAAUUCAUUCCGCGAGUUUUUUCAUCUUGUGGUUUUUUUCGUCUUGCGAAGCACGGUGUCGGGAAAGUUUUGGAAAAGCUUCAAAAAUCACCAAAGUCUUUUAAAACCUCAAAAAAGGCUACCACACCACAUUCUAUGAGUUGCUCCUCGAAGUCAAGUCGCAACUGUAUUAACGGUGUUAAGAAAAAGGAAACUGUGAUGGGAUGAUGAGCUGCUUGUGCGUAAAAUAGUAUCCCCUCAGAGUUUGUUCAAGUCCACAAACCUCUGUCUGUGACGGAGCCCCUCAGACAUGGCUCCUCUAGUCACUAGCAGAUUCCGACAGUGGUUGCUUUCGGAAUCGCUUCCAACAUAAAAGCUCCUUAACGGAAACACGUCUUCUGGACUCUCUGCAUGACAGUUUCCGGCGAGGAGUGGGUGUUCCUACAGGAGGUCCUGAAACCUCCCCACUGUUUUCGCUGGAAGUGUCUCUGAGCCAUCCCUCCAGCUCACUUUCCCUCAGCUCAGCUCCUCUCCCCUACUGGUUCCCUCUUCAGCUGCUGAGUCUCUCCCAACCUGUGUGAGCCCUUUCACCUCCCUUCCUUCCGAUGGCAGUUCCCUGACAUCCACCUCCCCUCCAGGGCCCCUUUCACCCCCUCUCGCCCCCUCCUCUACGGGCGGUGAGGAGGCAAAACCCGGAAUGAACUUCCUUCAUCUUCCGAUGUCUCGAACACUUCUCUCCACCUGUUGCGGUUCCUGGUCUCAAGUACUCCUCCUCCUCAGAGUCCAUCUCCCCUUCCCCGUCCGAGUCCGGGAAUCCUUCCAACUCCUCCUCCUCAUCAGUGGUCCCAAAGUAUUCCCUCCGGAACCUCUCCACAGGCUGAGGUUUCCUUGGGAACCUUUGAUGGAACGUUUCUAUCAAUACCUCGUCAUUGAUAUCUUCGGCCAUUACCCAAGUGUUUUCUGACUCCGGUUCUCCUUCCCACGCUACCAAAUACUCCACCUGAUCCCCCUUCCACCUGGCGUCGAGGAUUUCUGCCACAUGGCUGCUGCAUUCUCUUUCUUCUAUGACCGGUCCCCGAGUGGCCAUCCCUCUCGUCCCCCUUCGUACGGUGACAGUAACGACCUGUGAAAUACUGGGUGCAGUUUCAUGUGGUUGGGUAACCGGAGCCUGAAAGCCACUGGGUUGACCUGUUGAAUGACCUCAAAGGGACCCAACCUCCUGGGUCUUAAUUUCUUACAACCUCCUUUGAACGGCAACCCUUGGGUUGACAGCCACACCCUAUCUCCCACCCUUAUGGUUACACCUUCCCUUCGGUUCUUGUCUGCCUGCCUCUUGUAUUCUUCCUUUGCCCUUUCUAAGUUGAGUUGGAGCUGACGAUGGAUUGCUUCCAUUUCUUUCCUCGAAACCCCCUGGUUCCUCUCCCUCACCCCUAAGACCUCUGAGCUUAUUCUGGGCGUAUUCAUCAUUCUCUGUUUCCUCUACCAGUUCUCUUUGUCCCACCAAUGCCGCCCACACACCCAGCGGUCCUCUGGAAUGACAUGUCUCUCUUCGGGUGCUCCCUCCCCUCCAAAUAUUCAGGUUUGCGUGAGAGAGCGUCCGCCCUAAUGUUCUCUGGGCCUGGCACGUAACCAAUCUCAAAGUUAAAUUUGGAGAACUCCUGGGCCCAUCUCACUUGCCGUUGGUUGAGCACUCGUGCCGUCCUCCAAUACUCUAGGUUCUUGUGGUCAGUGCACACUUGCACCUUAUGUUGUGCGCCAAUUAGCAGGUGCCUCCAUCUCCGGAACGCCUCAUGAAUGGCUAGUAGUUCUCGGUCAUACACCGUGUAGUUCCUCUCGGAUUUGUUCAGCUUUCGCGAAAAAAGCACACGGUCUCCACUCUGACUCCUCCUUCCCUGGCUGCAGAAGCACCGCCCCAAUCGCUCUGUCUGAUGCAUCAGUUUCCACUCUCAUCGGUUUUUGUAAAUCCACAUGCAGGAGUUGUUGUUCCGAGGCGAAGGCCCUUUUUUAGUUCCUCAAAUGCUCGCUCCGCCUCCUCAGUCCAAACGAACUUCUUCUUACUGCUGAGACAGUCCGUAAUGGGCGCCGUCAGGUGGGCAAAGUUUCGGAUGAACUUACGAUAGAAGUUCCCAAAUCCUAGGAACCUCUGCACAUCCUUCCUUGUUUUGGGUGUUUUCCAUUCCAGCACCGCCUGGACCUUGCCGGGAUCCAUGGCCAAUCCCUUGUCUGACAGGCGAUACCCCAGGAAUUCCACCUCCUUGGUAUGAAACUGACACUUCUCCAGUUUCACCCACAGCUGGUUGGCUUGCAGCCUGCUCAACACUUCUCUGACGUCUCUCACAUGCUGCUCCUCAUUCUCAGAAUACACCAACACGUCGUCUAAGAAGGCCACACAAUUCUUGUAAAGCAAAGGCCCCAGGACGUGGUUCAUAAACGAUUGAAAGCAUGCGGAGCCUGCUUGUAGGCCGAAGGGCAUAACCAAAUAUUCAAAUGCCCCUAAAGAGGUGAACAUGGUGGUUUUCCAUUCAUCCCCCUUCCUUAUUCGUAUCAGGUUGUACGCCCCCCUUAGGUCCAGCUUUGUGAAAAUCUUUCCCUUCCGCACCCUUGUCAAAAUGUCGUCAAUCCUGGGCAUAGGGAAGGCCACUGGUUCUGACACUGCAUUUAAGGCCCUGAAGUCACACACCAGCCUCGGCUUGUUCGUGUUUUUUAUCCACAAAAACACUGGGCUGCCCCCACCGCCCUGGACUCUCUGAUGAACCCUCUCUUCAGGUUCUUGUCAAUGAACUCUCUUAGCUCCUGCAUCUCUCUGUCUGACAUGGCGUACAGCUUGCCUACAGGGAGCUGUGCCCCAGGGAGUAAAUUGAUUUGACAGUCAAAGGGUCUAUGCGGGGUAGUUGGUCAGCUUCCCUUUCGCUGAAGACGUCGCGGAGAUCUGCGUAUUGUCGUGGUACCUUCACGUUCUCCGUUACUUCAGUCCCUGCUAGGGUGGCUUGGGCCCCUGCCAAACCCUUUCCCUCUUUGCAGUGUUCUAAGCAAUGUGCUGAACCAAAAGAAACCACUCUCUGAUGCCAGCCCACCAGCGGAUCAUGUAACGCUAGCCAGCUCAUCCCCAAUAUAAUGGGAGCUCCUCCCAAGGUGGCCACAUUAAACGCUAUCAGUUCGGUGUGCCUUGCCACCUUCAUUAUCAUUGGGACGGUCUGCAAGCUGACUUCUCCUCCCAACAGCUCCCUGCCAUCGAUCGUGGUCACCUGCAGGGGUUGCUUAAAGGGAUCGUCUGUAUCUGGUGUUCAGCUGCAAACUCUUUGCUCAUGAAAUUGCAGGAGCUGCCUGAGUCCAACAGCGCCUUUAUCUUUAGAGGGUGUCCGUUUGGCAGCUCUAGCGCCACUUCUAUCACUAGGGCGGGUUUAGGAGGUUCUGGCGUGGGCACUCUCACUGCUCUUUGGCCUGGCUGCUGUGCCCCGACGGUGGCAGCCAGGCGUUGGCUUUUACUUGCUCCGGUAUUUCUUCCUCUCUUCCCUCCACAGCUCCUACCAUCCCUUGCCAUUCCUUCCUCUGGGGGCAGACUCUGGCAAAGUGACCUGGCUGUUGGCAGAGAUAGCAUUUCCGGGCGCGUUUUCCCUCCUUCUUUCCCCCCCACUGGGCUUUGAAACUGCGCGCGCGCGCGCUGUUCCGAUUUCCAUCGGCUCUGCCGGCGGGAAAGUUGGCUCUGGAAUGUCUGGAAUGCGGAACUCCUUCCAACGUUCCCCUUCCCUUCCCGCCUCUCCAAUGCUCUCGCCUCCUGGCGCGCUCCUAUGGUCAGCGCUGAUUUGGUCAGCUGGUCCAUAGACUCCGCCCUGGGCGCCCGGGAAAGUUCGUCUUUCACAGCCGAAGAAAGCCCUUCUUCAAAGAGCAUUUGAAUGGGUUCCGCCGAUAAGUCCCACCCCAAUCUGUGAACCAGCAUGGUGAACUCAGUCCAGUACUCACGGACAGAUCGGCUCCCCUGUUUGCAAGCCAUUAACUGUCUGCGCACCACUCCCUGUUCAAUAUCGCUGGAAAACAUCAGAUCCAUGGCGCGAAAGAACUUCAUCGUGUCCUUUAGUACGUCACUAUUCGCUGCCAUCAGGGGUCUAACCCAGUCUCUCGCCCUUUUCAAGAUGCCCAAUCACGAAAGCCACUCGUGAUUCCUCGUCAGGGAAUUCAUCAAACUGCAGAUUGAGGGCAUAUUGCAUCUCUGUCCGAAAGCCAUGAUAGUCUUUGGGCUCCCCCCCAAACUUCUGCACCAAUCCUGGUACCUUUCUGGCGAGCUGGGUGGCUUUCCCUUUUGUCUGCAUCCUGAGCCCUCCUCUCCUCAAGCCUCGCCGUCUGCAGCGCUAGCUGGACCUCCAACACCCGGUACCUUUCUUCCAGGCUUGGACCCGCUCCAGCUCCUGCUUCUCCGGUUCCGGCUGGGUUGCUCAUGAUGCCUUCUCCUGCACAAGCUGCUUUCAAAGACUGUCGGAAUGCUGUGAUGGGAUGAUGAGCUGCUUGUGCGUAAAAUAGUAUCCCCUCAGAGUUUGUUCAAGUCCACAAACCUCUGUCUGUGACGGAGCCCCUCAGACAUGGCUCCUCUAGUCACUAGCAGAUUCCGACAGUGGUUGCUUUCGGAAUCGCUUCCAACAUAAAAGCUCCUUAACGGAAACACGUCUUCUGGACUCUCUGCGUGACAGUUUCCGGCGAGGAGUGGGUGUUCCUACAGGAGGUCCUGAAACCUCCCCACUGUUUUCGCUGGAAGUGUCUCUGAGCCAUCCCUCCAGCUCACUUUCCCUCAGCUCAGCUCCUCUCCCCCUACUGGUUCCCUCUUCAGCUGCUGAGUCUCUCCCAACCUGUGUGAGCCCUUUCACCUCCCUUCCUUCCGAUGGCAGUUCCCUGACAGAAACAAACUUGCAAGACGUUUCCGUCUUGUGAAGCAAGCCCAUAGGGAAAAUCGUCUUGCGAAGCAGCUCAAAAAACAAAAAACCCUUUCGUCUAGCGAGUUUUUUGUCUUGUGAGGCAUUCGUCUUGCGAGGUACCACUGUACUGUAUGCAUAAAAUGCUGUAUGCACCUAAACCUAAACUGAAAAGAAAUGCAAGCUCAAAAGUUUAAUGAUAUGCAUAUAAAGCACUAUGCAGCAAAGGAGGUUCCUGACCAGCAGGCAGGCUUUUUACUGGCCUAUACCUACAAAACAAAUAUGCAGAGAUAUAGCUGGCCGAUUGCCAGCCUAUCAGGAAUUGGUUAGAGUAGCUUGUCUGCUGAUCAAUCAGCUUCAUAAACUGACGCACAUCUCCAUAGUGCAGCAAUGUCCCUAGCUGUGGUUUGUCAAUGAUCUGUAAACUCAGACAUAACAACAAACCACAGUUAGCAUAAACUGUGGUUUGCAAAUCAGCUUCAAGCUGUGGUUUCCAGUCCUGGUUUGUUAGCUCAAAACAAACCAGUGUUUGUUGGCACCAUUUAGAAUUCAAAUAUUAGAACAAAUCAUGUCUGAAUCCAGUUAUUAUGUCUCAUAAAGGUGACCAAAUACCUGGGAAAUUAAAUUUGUGAACAUGGUUAUGAAUUUGGGAAUAAGGCUUCUUGAUUGCUUGCCCCUGCUCUUUUUAAAAGGGCAACCAAAAAGUCUUAUUAAAUGUGUUCACAAUGAUAAAGGUGCUUUGUGUUAAGAGCUAAGGCCAUUAGGAGGGCAUUUGCUUAUUUCUGCAUAUCUUUGUAUUCAUCUGAUAAAUUGCCGGAGUCAUCUAUUGAUCAUUUUCCAUCUAAAGUACAUCUCGACAAAUUGUCAGACAAACACAGGGAUCUUUUAAAUUGCCUGGUGACAGAGGAGGAGGUAAAAGACUAAAUAAGGGAAAGGCUCUGGUUUUGGUGGGACUAAUAAAGCAUUUAGGGACUAACUACAUUUCUCAACAACAUUCUCAAUGGAGACCCUAUAUUCCAAGGGGAAAUACAAAGCUAAAUCAGAAAUUGUGGAAAAUGAAUGUUUGGAUGGGAAAUGCAUGAAGAUCAAGGCAGCAAAGAACAAACUGAAAUUAAAUGAGAUUUGACAAGAGUGCUGGCUGACACACCCUUCAGGCUCUGUAUCCUGCUGGACUCUUUAAAAAUAAGAACUAUCUGAGCAAACGAAGUACUCUUUCUCUAAAAGCAGUCAGGACAGCCCUGAAAUUUUUAUAGAAAACUGAAUGACUCUUUUGUGUGGUUGCCAAAUGCGUUAAGUUUAAAACUUUACUCUAAAAGAAAUUGGGCUGGUGAGGAGAGAAAGCCCCCAGUUAAAUAUUAGGUUUAUAGUAUAUUUUGCUAUAAAAUUGUGUAUAAGGCUGGACAUGUUUUGCUGCUUAAAGCUAGCUGAUUUGCUUCUUUUCUUAACCAAUGCUCAUGCAAACAGCUCAGUUCUUAAACUGCUCUUUGAGUGUGUAUAUGUUUUGGGUUUUUUAUACUGGGGCUGCAUGAGUACUGCUUUUUUAUUAUAUACUCUAGUAUUAUGCUUGGAUUACGGACAUACAGAAUAAUUGAAAGCACACUUCCAUGGCCUCAUGAACAUAUGGCUCUUUGCAGCAGGGUUAACACAGAGAAGGCAAAUAAUAAUGUAGAAAGCCCAAGGAGAGGAAAAACCUGGAACCAAAAUGUUUGCAAUUAGCAUCAUUGACUGCACAUGCUGGCUACAGUUCAGUCCUUGUGUAAGGGGGUACAACAAAAGGGUCGCAGCUGUUUAAUUCAGUCCCAAAGCUAAUCGUUUGUGAUUUUGCAAUACUGGCAUCGUCAACACCCGCGGGGAAACCAGCACUUUACCACUGAAUCUAACCAAAUGGCAAUUGAGUUUUCCAUGGAUUGCAGUUUGUUCUGAUUCAGCAGUAAAGAGCAUGUUUUCCAGGGGAAAGCUGUGGGACAAGAGAAAAACCACUCGGACCCUUGCCUAAAAAACAUGAGACAAACAGAAAACCACUUGAACCCAUGAUUUCUAGGCACGGGGCAAGUGGAAGUGUGGAGGAACCCUCAAUCUUAAUUAAGGCUCAAUAUUAAUUAAUUAACCCUCAAUACUAAUUAAUUAGCUCCCCUGGCAGGAAACAACACUCACCUCGAGCUGUCCAUUCUGCAGACAGCAGAGCUGAAGGCCAACACACCCUGGCUUCAGACAUUGGCCAAGAGAACAUAGGAAUCUGCCUCAUAAUGAAUCACUGGUCCAUCUAGCUCUGUAUUGUCUAACCCAGGCAUGUCCAAAGGCCAGCCCAGGGGCCACUUGUGGCCCCUGGGCUGGUUUCAAACAGUCCCCCAGGCAAUUUUUAAAAAGCAAUGUCUUGUGGCCCCAAGCACCUGCCCACCAAAGCCAUUUCCUUUUUGUGGGCUCGCUACAAGCUCUCCCCUCUGUGCAGGGGGCGUGGCUAGCCCCCACACCAUUAGGGAGUCCCCGACUGCAUCACUCCUUGGGUUGACCAAUCUGGUCAGCUGGGGGGGGCGCGGCUAAAUAAAUAAAUACUAUAGUACAUGUUCGGGAUGUUGAUGCUGCAGCGAUGGCAGUGGCAGAGGGCGGCUGCCGCCUUGACCCAGUGCUGGAUUUAUGUAUAGGCUAAGUAGGCUAAAGCCUAAGGCCUCUAAAUCUAGGGGGCCUCACCAGCCUGUCUUCAACCCAGUGCCGCAGUCUCCCCUCUCCGAAAAUUUAAACCCAAGACUUCAUGCGAGGCAGGGCAACUCAGGCCCAGCAACUAUGAGACUCAGGGCUAGCCAGUGGGGCCCAAUUUGAAGCAGUGGGGCGCAACUUGAUUUUUUUUUUUUUUGUAGGGCCCCAGUUCACAGCCAAAUCUGGCCCUCUUUGAAAAAAGUUGGGACACCACUGCUGUAGAGCUUAUAGCCAGGCCUGCUGCAACAAAUAGCUGUGCAAGCCUUUGGGAGGCAGAGAUUAUUAUUAUUAUUAUUAUUAUUAUUAUUAUUAUUAUUAUUAUUUAUUUGUACCCUGCCCAAUUGGCUGGGUUUCCCCAGCCACUCUGGGCGGCUUCCACAAAGACCAAAAAUACACUAAGAUGUCACACAUUAGAAACUUCCCUGAACAGGGCUGCCUUAAGAUGUCUUCUGAAUGUCAGGUAGUUGUUUAUCUCUUUGACAUCUGAUGGGAGGGCGUUCCACAGGGUGGGCGCCACUACCGAGAAGACCCUCUGCCUGGUUCCCUGUAGAGACAUGAGAGGGCAGCAGAGGAGUGAGGGAAAGAAAGAGAGAGAGACAGAGGCCAGUGUUGCCCACAGCACCCCUGAUCACCAUUCAAGGCACCCCAGGGUGUCCACAGCACACUGGUUGAAAACCACAGUCAUUGGGGUUCUUUCCACCUGAAGAUAGAAGGGGAAGAGGGUGGAUUUAUCCCUAACUACAUGCACAUUUAAGAACUUGCACAGUUUCCCUCUUCUUUUUGUCAAAAUCAACUCAUUAGCCAUUAACUACUUCUUAGCAUAAGUGGGUGUGGAAGUUGGCUCCAAAUUUCAACAAUAGCAAAUGCUGAGGUAGUGGAUCCAAUGGACAAUAAUUUGGGGAAAUUCCAGCAACACCACCCAUUAAUGUCUUAUCUGGGACAGAAAAAAACUAUUCUUCUGUUGCUUCAGUAAGACUUGACCACAGCAAGACAUAAGGUCAUACAUAGAGUCACACUGAUGGAUUAAUAAUCAAGGGAUUGGGUUCACCUCUUGUAAUGGAAAUAGAACUAGGAAACACAGAUUAGUGUUGAGUGGUGACUUUUCAAUGUGGAUGGGCCCACCCAAGUGAUGUGAAUGACUUAACUCUGCUCCCUGGGUUCUUUCACAACCCACAUGUAGAUAAGAAGCUAACAGGGCUGUGAAAUCUUUUCACUGCAUGGAACAAAAUAAUAGGGGGGAAAACAUGAGGCAAUAAAAUAUUUAUUAGUUUGAGAACCAGCAUGGUAACGUAUCAAACCAAGGCCAGGUAAACAAGGCUCUGGUCUCUGUUUAUGUGCAAAUUACUGACUUUAUUAAAUGGGAAUAAAAUUUAUCUCUAGCAGGCAAUGCUUUGGGGGAGAGAUCUUGGUGCUGCGACAAUAAAUGUAUCAAUAUAGGCUCUGUAUUUGUUUUGUUUUUAUUUAUUUAUUGCAUUUCUAUCCCACCUUUUCUCUAAAGAGAAAUUCUCUUCCUACCCAUUUUAUCCUCAAAACAACCCUGUGAGGUAGGUUAGGUUGAGAGACUGUGACUGGCCCAAGGCCACCCAGUAAGUUUCAUGGUUGAGCAGAAGUUUGAACCCUGGCCUCCCAGGUCCUAGGCCAACGCUCUAACCACUACACCACACUGCUGCAUUAUGCACACUCCCAUUUACACUACAUCCAUUGCACUCCCACUACUAGUUUGGGAAGCGGUAUUCACAUGGUGUUAAUCACAGUCCAUAUCUAUCCCAUACAGGGAACAAGGUUAAUUUUUAUUUCUUUAAGCUUGAGUGCGUGCUCGGCAGGGCAAUUGGGGGUUGCGGUUUGGUUGCGAUGGAGGGUUGCGGUUUGGUCGCCCCCAGAAAACUGCCCUACCUUGGAGGUCGUCUUCCCAACGAAAGCGCAACAACUUCAAGGUCGCCCCCCCCAUGUGAUAUGUGAUUUCUUAAUUUUGGGUUUUAAAAAGCAGCAGUCAUCUUAUACAUGGGGGCGUCUUGUACAUGGAAAAAUACAGUAUUUCUUACACCCUUGCAACAUCACCAUUAUUAUUACUAUUUCAGGUCAGUUUUGUGUUGCGGCUUGGCUGGACAGUUCAGAUAAGUAAUAUUUGGCAGGAUGCAGACUGUACUUGGCCCAUGGCCCGCCGAUGACAUAGGAAAACUGAUGCAACAUUCCCCUCCAAGAAAUAAACAUGCCUUGUCCACAGCCAAGUGUCUUGAACGGCACAAUGCAUAUCUGAGGGAGCAAAAACUAAACCUUCCCACAAACUGUGAGGUAGAUCAAUAUAAUUAUCCCCAUUUAACAGACCAAAAGUUAAAACUGAGGGACUGUCUGUAAAACCUGGCAUGAUCACUUUGUGUUAAUUUUAAAGGUUGAAUGAAGAUGAGUCUGGAGGAGCUAUGGCAACACAGAAAUCUAAACAACAUACAAACCUCUCGACCUGGUUCCCUAUAAAUGUUUAAGACUACAACUUCCAUCGGUUUCAGUCAGGGUUGUUGGGUCUUGUAGUCCAAAACAUCUAGACAGAACCAGAUUGGAAAAGGUGGCUUUAAGGCUAUAAUACAAUAGCUUGUAGUAGUAUUUUAUGAAAUAAACUAUUCAUUUUACUUUGCUGUCUGUUUAAUUAUUGUAUCACUUCUAAUUCCUGGCAAUCAAAGGUCUUGUAACAGGCAACUAUUUUUGCAGUUUGGUUCAAAACAAGAUAACGUUGAAAACUGAAAUACUUAAAGCACUGGAAAGUGUUGAUAAAUAUUCUGGUCUGCUAUCCUCUCAGCAGGAAAUUGAUAAUCUCCUUAUUUUAUUAGAUUGGUUACCACACCACACCAAAGGUUUGUUACACUUUGAAAAUCAAAGUGUCUCUAAAAGUUCAGGAAACAAAAGACAAGACAUCUUGUCCUAUGAAGUUUUAGCCGUUUCUUGAAAGAGGGUGAUUUUUAAAAAUGAAACAAAAACAAAAACACAACUGUAUGUCUGGUGCCACUGGAGAGAUUUCAGGCAGAUAAUUAAUUACACAACAGACUGUAAUUUUGUCCAGGUUUCUUGAGGUCUCUCUGUACCAGUGGCACAUGCUUUGCAACAUCUUGGAACAUGGCCUAAUCCUGUGUGCUGGGGAUGCCUUUAUUGGGCCCCAGAUUGUGUGGAUUCAUGGAAACAAUUCUGAAAUAAAGCGAAAACAAACUGGAAUGUUGUGACGCUUUUACUUAUGUACGCUCUAUUGUGAGGGCAAAACUAGUUACCAAGGAGGAAGAUACUUUUUCUCUUCUUCCACAUCCUUUAAGUGCCAUUUGAACACACUGACCAUUAUUUUAUCUUAGCAAACAUUGUCAGCUUAGCCAACUAAAAAAGAAGGAAGUUUUGCUGUGCUGUGUCAAAGGUUAAACCUCAGGCUAUCUGUUUCGCUUCUUUUCCUGUGUGUGAAAUCCAAUUAGAAAAGCUCUGCAAUGUGGGCUUAGAUGUAGGAGAGACUGUCAGACCCUCAUCCCUGCUCAGGGAUACAGUGGUACCUCAGGUUACAUAUGCUUCAGGUUACAGACUCCACUAACCCAGAAAUAGUGCUUCAGGUUAAGAACUUUGCUUCAGGAUGAGAACAGAAAUCAUGCUUCGGCAGCGUGGCGGCAGCAGGAGGCCCCAUUAGCUAAAGUGGUGCUUCAGGUUAAGAACAGUUUCAGGUUAAGAACGGACCUCCGGAAUGAAUUAAGUACUUAACCUGAGGUACCACUGUAGUCUACUUCCUCUUUCCCUACUGUUUUGAUAACAGUAGGAAAAAUUAAUAAAAAUAUAUUUUUUGGGGGGGGGAAUUAUGUGGUGGGGAGACUAUGCCUGCUGGCCACCGCCACCUAUGUUGGGCCCUGAACCCCAUCCCCAUAUUAGAAGGCAACUUGCUGUAUGCUAGGCAUCUACCCUGGCAGGUGGAAUCUUGAUUGUGCAGCCCCACUCAUCCCAAACAUGCGGAACGUAGCCAUGUGGGUGAACGAGCCAAUAGCAUUUUGGUGCUAUCUCUAUGUGAAUGCUGACAGAUUAAAAAAUUAGAAAAAUGGCCCAAACCAAAUACCUUUUCCAUUACAUUCACCAGUGGGUUUUGACAAUUUUGCUUAUGGAACUGUAAGUGUUCGUCAGGUUUUCUCUGAAAUUUCAGGCACUCUCAAAUUUUGUUUUGGAUUAUCAGCAUUCACAUGUGAAAUGUUGGCAUUCAUCAAAUUUCAGAAAGUCACUGUAACACGUGCUAAUAAUUAUGACUCAACCAGGGACAAGUUAUAUACCAUGAAAAGAUGACACUCAUGGAAAUUGUGAACUUUUUCUGAACAUAUGUUUUCACAAUCUUUCAGACCCCAUUUCCCUGGAGUGGAAGUAACUCUGUUCAUUAUUUAACCAAAGCACAAACAUUUAUAAAACAGAUGUGGUCAGGUGAAAAGAGAUGAGAUUUGAAAGCAAAAAUCUUUUGGCAGAAGAUGGGACACGCAGUCAGAAUCCUUCUUUGAGCCCUUGAGCAUAUCAGCUGUACUGUUCGGCUUGCUCUACUGCAUCAAGAAGUACAGCCAUCUCUUUUGAUCACAUGGACCCAACCCAAAUUAUUUUUAUUCUAUUCCCAUUUAUAUCAGACGAGGCCUGCUGGAUUGAGCCAAAGGCCCAUCCAGUCCAACAAUCUGUUCUCAUAGUGGCCAGAUGCCUAUGGAAAGCCCACAACCUUCAGGAUGGCAGUGAAACAGAAUUUGUAUUAUGUUAGUCCAGGAACUAUAGUGUUCUGUGGUCCUCUUGUCAACUGCACAGUGAUAUGAAAUCUCCAUCCACACACUAUCCCACACAACCCACAUGAAAGCAAGCUGGCUACGGAUGAGAACAUUCAGAGGACUUCUUUCCCACAAGCUGAACUCGGCCCAGAUCCACUCAAGCCACACAUUCAUUGUGCCAACUGGAUAGGUCAUACCCUGGAGCCAGCAUGGUACCCCCUAAACGUUGUUGGACUACAAUUUCCUACCAUCCAUCAGUGCCAAUGCUCAGGGAUGAUGGGAAUUUUAGUCCAUCUUUAGUCGUGUCAUCUAACCUUGCUCGGUGUGAAGAAAAUUAUUGCUUCCCUAGCCACAGCACAUUUUCCUGGCCAAUCUAGUUGAAAAGCUAGCAAGCUUUUUAUACCAUCAUACCAAGGCCAAUUCUCAGAGGAUUUAGUAACGAAUAACUGGAAGCAGAAAUAUUUUGGGCAUUAUUUUCUGGAGAACACGAAGGACAUUUAUUUGUGGGGCAGGAUUUGAAAUCUUCCAAGUUCAUUGACAUUUAGAUGACUUCAGUGGGAUUAAAAGUUUUCUUAAAGACAACUUGAUGUCCUUAGAGAGAGAGAGAGAAAUCACACACAACACUAGAAACUGCCAGAGUUGGUAUGUGCUUAAAAAUAGUUACAAGUCAUUGGAAUUCAGUGAGAAGAUGUUGGAGAGAAUUACCAGAAAAGACUGCCCCAAAGAAGUGUUAGUGGUGCUGUUCAGGGAAAGAUGUAAAGAAAAUAUUAAUGAAUAUUACACAGUCGUGUAGAGACAACCAAGCAUGGAAUUUACUGUUUUUGACUGGUCAGCAGAGAAGUAUGAAGGACAUUUAUUAUUAUUAAUAAUAAUAAUCAUAGAAUCGUAGAAUCAUAGAGUUGGAAGAGACCACAAGGGCCAUCGAGUCCAACCCCCUGCCAAGCAGGAAACACCAUCAGAGCACUCCUGACAUAUGGUUGUCAAGCCUCUGCUUAAAGACCUCCAAAGAAGGAGACUCCACCACACUCCUUGGCAGCAAAUUCCACUGUCGAACAGCUCUUACUGUCAGGAAGUUCUUCCUAAUGUUUAGGUGGAAUCUUCUUUCUUGUAGUUUGGAUCCAUUGCUCCGUGUCCGCUUCUCUGGAGCAGCAGAAAACAACCUUUCUCCCUCCUCUAUGUGACAUCCUUUUAUAUAUUUGAACAUGGCUAUCAUAUCACCCCUUAACCUCCUCUUCUCCAGGCUAAACAUGCCCAGCUCCCUUAGCCGUUCCUCAUAAGGCAUCGUUUCCAGGCCUUUGACCAUUUUGGUUGCCCUCCUCUGGACACGUUCCACUUUGUCAGUGUCCUUCUUGAACUGUGGUGCCCAGAACUGGACACAGUACUCCAGGUGAGUCUGACCAGAGCAGAAUACAGUGGCACUAUUACUUCCCUUGAUCUAGAUGCUAUACUCCUAUUGAUGCAGCCCAGAAUUGCAUUGGCUUUUUUAGCUGCCACGUCACACUGUUGGCUCAUGUCAAGUUUGUGGUCAACCAAGACUCCUAGAUCCUUUUCACAUGUACUGCUCUCAAGCCAGGUGUCACCCAUCUCGUAUUUGUGCCUCUCAUUUUUUUGCCCAAGUGCAAUACUUUACAUUUCUCCCUGUUAAAAUUCAUCUUGUUUGUUUUGGCCCAGUUCUCUAAUCUGUCAAGGUCGUUUUGAAGUGUGAUCCUGUCCUCUGGGGUGUUAGCCACCCCUCCCAGUUUGGUGUCAUCUGCAAAUUUGAUCAGGAUGCCCUUGAGUCCAUCAUCCAAGUCAUUGAUAAAGAUGUUGAAUAAGACCGGGCCCAAGACAGAACCCUGUGGCACCCCACUAGUCACUCUUCUCCAGGAUGAAGAGGAACCAUUGAUGAGCACCCUUUGGGUUCGGUCAGUCAGCCAGUUACAAAUCCACUGAGUGGUAGCAUAGUCAAGACCGCAUUUUACCAGCUUCUUUACAAGAAUAUCAUGGGGCACCUUGUCAAAUGCCUUGCUGAAAUCAAGGUAGGCUACAUCCACUGCGUUCCCUUCAUCUACCAGGCUUGUAAUUCUGUCAAAAACGAGAUCAGGUUAGUCUGACAUGACUUAUUUUUCAGAAAUCCAUGCUGACUAUUGGUGAUCACAGCAUUCCUUUCUAGGUGCUCACAGACUGUUUGCUUAAUGAUCUGCUCCAGAAUCUUCCCUGGUAUUGAUGUCAGACUGACUGGGUGGUAAUUAUUUGGGUCCUCUCUUUUCCCCUUUUUGAAAAUAGGGACAACAUUUGCCCUCCUCCAGUCUGCCGGGACUUCGCCUGUUCUCCAGGAAUUCUCAAAGAUGACUGCCAGUGGUUCUGAGAUCACAUCUGCCAGUUCUUUUAAUACUCUUGGAUGCAGUUCAUCUGGCCCUGGAGACUUGAAUACAUCUAAACUAGCCAAGUAUUCUUGUACUAUCUCCUUAGUUAUUCUGGGCUCUGCUUCCUCUGCUGAAUCAUUUGCUCCAAAUUCUUCAGGUCGGGCAUUGUUUUCUUUAUCGGAGAAGACUGAGGCAAAGAAGGCAUUGAGGAGUUCAGCCCUUUCUGUGUCCCCUGUUUGCAUUUCACCAUCUUCUCCUCUGAGUGACCCCACUGUUUCUUUGUUCUUCCUUUUGCUACGAACAUACCCAUAAAAGCCUGUUGUUGCUUUUAACCUCUCUAGCAAGCCUGAGUUCAUUCUGUGCUUUAGCUUUUCUGACUUUGUGUCUACACGUGCUGGCUAUUUGUUUGAAUUCCUCAUUGGUGGUUUCCCCCCUUUUCCAUUUUUUGUACACAUCCUUUUUUAAUCUUAACUCAGUUAAAAGUUCUUUAGAUAGCCACCCUGGCUUCUUUAGGCACCUUCCAUGUUUCCGUCUCAUUGGUAUUGCCUGAAGUUGUGCUUUUACUAUCUCCCUCUUAACAAACUCCCAGCCAUCAUGAACUCCCUUUCCUUUUAGUAUUACUGUCCAUGGGAUCUCACCCAGCACUUCCCUAAGUUUUAUGAAGUCGGCUUUCUUAAAGUCAAGAAAUGGAGUCCUAGUAUGCUUGGCUGCUCCUUUCCGCUGUAUAGUAAACUUCAGAAGAGCAUGAUCACUCGCGCCUAAUGAUCCUUCCACUUCUACCCCACUAACCAGGUCAUCAACAUUGGUUAGGACCAGAUCUAAAAUGGCUGUUCCUCUUGUUGCUUCUCCCACUUUCUGGACAAUGAAGUUGUCUGCAAGGCCAGUGAGGAAUCUGUUUGACCUUAUGCUCUUGGCUGAGUUUGACAUCCAACAAAUAUCCGGGUAAUUGAAGUCCCCCAUUACUACUAUCUCCCUUCCUUUUGCAUGCUUGGCCAUCUGUUCCAGGAAGGCAUCAUCUAUGUCCUCCGUUUGGCUUGGGGAUCUAUAGUAAACUCCCACAAUGAGGUCACUGUUAUUCUUCUCUCCCUUAAUUUUGACCCAAAUGCUCUCACUUUGGCUUUGAGGUUCUAAAUCUUGGAUCUCUUCACAGGUAUACACAUCCCUGACAUAUAACGCCACUCCUCCUCCUUUCUUGUCUGGUCUGUUUCUCUGAAAUAGAUUGUAUCCCCCAUUAUUACAUUCCAAUCGUGGGACUUAUCCCACCAGGUUUCAGUGAUGCCUAUUAUGUCAUAUUUAGUUUGCUGUACCAAGAGCUCAAGCUCAUCUUGUUUAUUUCCCAUGCUUUGCGCAUUAGUGUACAGACAUUGAAGUCCAUGAAUCCUUCCCCCGUGUCUCUUAUUUAAGGAUUUUUUCCUCCCACCACUAGGUCUGCGUGCUGUUUGCUCCAUUUGGUCUAUGACAUUUGGAUGAUCAUUUUCAUCAAUUGAUAGACUCCUACCUUCAGGAGCACUGUCUCCCUCCCCCACAUUAGUCAAGUUUAAAGCCGACUUCAUAAAUAAUAUAAUAUUUAGGCCUCAAUUUACUGCCCAACACCACAGUAGUUACAGGGUGGUGUCCAAUAAAAUGCAACCAUACAUAAUAAAACCAUUAAAACUAAUUCAUAUAAAAUACACACAUAAUUAGUAUAGUGUCAGUAUCAAGGCAGAACUGACCACCAGUUUAUGGAAUUUAACAUGAGAUUGUUUUUUCAUCAUGGAAAUCUCAGUAACUGACCAGUUAAAUGUUGUAUUAGUUCCGACGCUGCUUUUAUGGUUAAAAAAUGAGGUGCCAGUACAUAUAUCUUAAUAAAAGUCCUGUGGGUGCCAGCACAAACUGGAUGCCAUGGGCAGGAAAAAAGAGAGAGAGAGAGAUGAUGGUACAGUCACCAAAAAAGCACUGAGCUGUAGGAGACUAAGCAAACACAAGAAAACAGUUUAUUUCUCUUUACUCAUGCCCUUAUUUACUUAUUCAAUUGGUCCACCAUUGGUCUUUUCACUUGCUUCUUUGUUGGCACAUCCAGUGCUAGUAUUUAUUUUCCUUUUAGCAUCUAUGGGCUUGAGAUGUUUGGUAAUUGCAUGCCUUAAAAAUAACAAAACCCACUUGUCUAUUUCCUGUAUUAUUGAUUUUCAGCUGUCUAUAGCUAUUUUGCAGAUAUAACAGUAUUAUGAUUAAAGUCCAUUUAGGAGACUGCAGACAAGAGAACUCAGGCUCAUGCAUCCUAAGGAACAAGCUAUAGAAAGCCCUCACCUACUGGUUCCCUGUGAGAGUGGAAGCUCUGAUGGGUACAAGGAAUACUGCGAUGGAAAUUAGGAGCACAAAGAUGCCUCCUUCAUCAAAGUGAGCAAGUAAGCCCUGACAAGCACUAGGGACAGGGCUUUCUCAACCCGUGAAUGCUAUGGAACCGCAUCCCAAGGGAUGUACACAAGCUGUCCCAGGCUUUGAAAACCCACAGGUCUGAACGGAUUUUCAUAUAAAUGCUUUCUUUGGUUAAGCUGCUGUUUUGUUUACUUUAUACUUCUGUAGUUUUGGGAAUGUAAAUAUCCCUGUUGAUGCCAACGCGUGUUGUGGGUGGAGAAAUCUCCACUCUCAUCACAGUGCGGGCAGAGGUGGAUUUAGGACUACGGUUUGGGCGCACUGGGCACAGAGCUUUGUGUGCACUGCAGGGGACACCACAACUGUGAUUUAGAGUGGUUUCCAAGAGGUGAGGGAGGAGGGCAAUUUGGGGUGUGCACAGGGCACCACUGGAAUUUGAGACACCAAGGUCUGCCACUGUUGGGGGAGUGAAAGGAUAACUCUCCCCUCCCUAUGCUCUGCCUCCCCAGUAAGAAUUAUUUUUGGAAAAACAAGAAAUGUAGAUUCAUACCAAGUUACCAUUAGGCAUUUGUCCCAUUUGCACCAGAGAGACAAUCUGGGCUCAUAACAUUCCCCCUUUCCUUGGAAUGUUUUCUUUUUAUAGAAACAUGAAGUCAUUUUGAUAGAAACAUGUAAGAUAGGAAAUCCCCCUGCACAGAAAUAUGACUUGGAAGAAUGAACUUGUUACAUUUUGGUGUUGUUUAUUAUUGUCAGGGAACUGACAUCAGAGCGAGAGGCGAAGGGGAGGCUCCUGGAUGAUGCUGGAGAAGGACCUAGCAGCAGGGGGAGAGGCGACUCAGUGGAGGGGGAAGCAUUUAAGCGCAACACCAGGAACAAAAGUGAGCAGAUGGGAAAAUCGGAGAGAGGGCUCACGGACUCUUCACUGGAACUCAGUGAGGAGGGGACAGGUCCCCCGCUACCCACGCCCACCCUGCGCAGAAGGCUCCCGCGCAGUGAGAGGCGGAGGCGAUUGGGUGUCAAACAACUCUUAUGUUGGAAGAGAUUCAAGAAACGCCCACUGACGGAUUCUGCUAGUGACUGAGACAGUCAUGAUCAGAAGGGGCUGUGCAGUCAGAAAGGUUUAACAAGGCAAAUCAGCCUAGAGAGGCACCAGUUUACGCACGAGUAACUCAUACUCAUUACAGCAAUCCGUCAGUCCCUGAAAGUUGCUCGUGCGCAGCAGCAGGCAGGCAGCAUCAUGAGCAAGCCCGGAGAAGCAGGCACCCAAGGGGAGCAGCUGGAGGGCAAACGCUGGAGGAGAGGAACCGAGAUUUGGAGCAGCAUGUGGCCAUUCUGACGGCACGGCUGGACGAAAGGCGGUCUCAAGAUGCACAGGUCAGACCCACCCCCAUAGCAAGGAAGGUACCGGGACUGGUGCACAAGUUUGGGGGGAAGCCGCAAGAAUACAGUGCGUUUAGAACGGAAAUAGAGUACGCAUUGGACUUGCAGCAUAACGAUUUUGAAGACAACGCGGCGCGGGUGGCAUAUGUUGUGGGUCACCUGCAGGACGGGGCCAGAGAAUGGGUCAGACCCCUUAUGGCGACGCAGAAUUCCGCCAUGCAGGACCUGAGGAAAUUCUUCCAAGCGAUGGACGCGAUGUUUUCCACUGAUGUUCAAAAAAGUGUGACUAAGCGGGAAUUGAUGAACUGUAAACAGGGAGCCAGUCAGUCAGGGACUACUGGUCGCGCUUUGCCAUGAUAGUUCAUCGCCUCGGGUGGGAACUGGGCUCCGAACCCAUACAGAUGUUAUUCGAGGAGGGGUUGUCCCCAACGGUUAAGGAUGAACUUUCCCGCGCACCCCGCCCACAGGGGAUGGAUCAGCUGACCAAGGCUGUGCUUGCGAUUGGCGCGCGCCAGGAAGCGCGGGCCCAGGAGAGGUGGGAAGGGAGAGAGCAACGUUGCCAUGACUACCGCAUUCCUGAAAUACCAAGGCAGCCCUCCCCGCCAGCAGAGCCAAUGGAAAUAGAUGGGGCGCGCGCGGAAGUUUCAAGCACCAGCGAAGGGCGCAAGAAGGAGGGAAAGGAUUGGAAAACCUCCAAAAGGUGUUACCUUUGCCAGCGGCCAGGGCAUUUUGCCAGAGCCUGCCCUCAAAGAAAGGCUUGGCAAGGAAUGGUGGGAACCGCAGGGGGGAGGAGGAGGUGGUAAAGGAACAGGAACAGGGAAACGAGAACGCUUGGCUGCCAAUCAAGGGGCACAACAGCCAAGCCAGCCACCAGUAAAAGUUCCCCAUCGAGACGGCCCCAUGGCGGCAAUAGCCAUCGAAGUGGUGCUAGAACUCCCGAACGGGCACCCAGUCAAGGUGAAAGGCAUGCUGGAUUCAGGCAGCUCAUGUAAUUUCUUCAGCAAGGACUUUGCAUUAGAGCACCAGCUCCACUUACUGCCUUUGGAUUUUCCCUUGCAAGUGACCACCAUUGAUGGCAGGGAGCUUCUAGGAGGGAAAGUGACACACCAAACCCCGCCAAUGAGAAUGAGGGUGUCCAGGCACUCGGAAACCAUCGCCUUUCACGUCGCCUCGCUAGCAGGACCCCCAAUAAUAUUAGGGAUGAGCUGGCUAGCACAACAUGAUCCAGUGGUGGCGUGGCAUCAGAGGACAGUCACCUUUGGAUCAGCUUACUGCCUGGAACACUGUCUAGGGGAAGCCCCAAGAAUGACCGUGGCCAGGGUGGCUGGGAUGGCGGUGGAGCGGAAAGGGGAGGUGCCACCACAAUACGCAGAUCUGCGGGAGGUCUUCAGCGAAAAGGAGGCAGAUAGACUGCCACCCCAUAGGCCCUUUGACUGCCAGAUCAACUUGCUUCCGGGGCUCAGCUGCCAGUGGGUAAGCUGUACGCCAUGUCAGACAGGGAGAUGAAGGAGUUGCGAGAAUUUAUCGACAAGAACCUGAAAAGAGGCUUCAUAAGAGAAUCAAAGGCAGUAGGGGGCAGUCCGGUGUUCUUUGUGGACAAAAAGGACACAAAUAAACCCAGGCUCGUAGUGGACUAUAGAGCUGUCAAUUUGGUGUCAGAACCCGUGACCUUCCCAAUGCCCAGGAUUGACGACAUUUUAACGCGAGUGAGGAAAGGCAAAAUUUUUACCAAGCUGGACCUCAGGGGCGCAUACAAUUUGAUCAGGAUGAGGGAGGGGGACGAAUGGAAGACCACAAUGUUCACACCCCUAGGUGCCUUUGAGUACUUAGUUAUGCCUUUUGGAUUACAGUCAGGCUCCGCCUGUUUUCAAGCUUUCAUGCACCACGUGUUGGGGUCUCUGCUGUACAAGAACUGCGUAGCCUUCUUGGACGACGUCUUAAUUUAUUCGGACAAUGAGGAACAACAUGUUAGAGACGUCAGGGAAGUGUUACAACGACUGCAGAAGCACCAGUUGUGGGUCAAGCUGGAAAAAUGUCAGUUUCACGCCAGAGAAGUCGAGUUUCUGGGGUACAAGUUGUCUGACAAAGGCUUAGCGAUGGACCCAAGCAAGGUGCAGGCAGUGCUGGAGUGGAAGGCUCCCAAGACACGGAAGGACAUACAGAGGUUCCUAGGGUUCAGCAACUUCUACAGGAAGUUCAUCAAGAACUUCGCCCACUUGACAGCGCCAAUCACGGAUUGUCUCAGUAGCAAAAAGAAGUUUGUGUGGACAGAAGAGGCCCAGCAAUCCUUCGAAAAACUGAAGAAGGCGUUCGCAUCGGAAGAGCAACUCCUGCACGUAGAUCUGGAGAAACCCCUGAGGCUAGAGACCGACGCGUCCGACAGAGCCGUGGGGGCGGUCCUUUGCAGCCAGGGAAGGGAAAGCAGGAAUGGAAACCGUGUGCCUUUUUCUCCAGAAAACUGAGCAAGUCGGAGCAAAACUAUAAAGUGUAUGACCGCGAACUGCUGGCAAUCUACGCGGCCUUUCGUCGUUGUCGUCAUCUACUGUUAGGUGCGCAACAACAGAUCCAGGUUUGCACAGAUCACAAGAACUUGGAGUACUGGAGAACCGCACGAGUACUCAACCAGAGACAGAUUCGAUGGGCACAGGAGUUCUCCAAGUUUUUCUUUGAAAUCCGCUACGUGCCCGGAGAAGAAAACGUAAGAGCAGACGCUCUCUCGCGUAAACCGGAGUACCUGGAAGGAGAGGGGCCGCCGGAGAAACGACACGUGAUCCCCGAGGACCGAUGGGUGUGUGGGGAACUUUGGUGGGGAAACGAGAACUAGCCGGGCUGACCAGAAACGACGUGUUCGCGCAAACUAAAAUCCGGGAACUACGAGACGGAAGAGGGACCCAAGAAGGGUUUGAGGAGAAGGAAGGGGUACUGUACUAUAGGGGAGCGCUGUACGUACCGGGGGAGACCCUGAGGGAAAAGGUACUCAAACAACUCCACGACAACCCCACAGCAGGGCACUUUGGACAGCACAAAACCAUGAUGCUUGUGACCAGGCAGUUCUGGUGGCCCAGGGUGAGGGAGGAUGUACGGGAAUAUGUACGGGGGUGCGACCGCUGCCAAAGGGCAAAGGGGAGCGGGCUGCCCCCACAGGAUUGCUGGAACCCUUACCCACGCCGGGAAACCCUGGGAGGUGGUAUCCAUUGAUUUUAUGACAGAUUUGCCCAAGUCCCGGGGAAAGACAGCAGUCAUGGUAGUGGUCGACCUACUGACAAAAAUGUGCCACUUUAUAGCUUGCUCACAUGCUGUAACGGCAGAGGAAACAGCCCGGUUGUUUGUGGAGCACAUAUUCCGGCUGCAUGGCGCCCCCUUGAGGGUUAUCUCCGACCGCGGAAAACAAUUUACUUCCCGGUUCUGGGGGAAACUCAUGAGCUUACUGCAGGUGGAGGUGGGUUUCUCGACGGCAAGACACCCAGAGACCAACGGGCAAGCAGAAAGAGCGAACAGUAUACUCCAGCAAUACCUACGCUGCUAUGUCAGCGAGAGGCAGAAUGAUUGGGUAGAAAAACUAGCGCUGGCUGAAUUCGCGUACAACAACGCGGAACACGUGUCCACGGGAAUGAGCCCAUUCAUGGCCAACCAUGGGUGUCAUCCCAGGGCCUUCCCGGGAGUGGGGAGGAAAGCUGGAGCGUACCCGCCACAGAGCAGUUUGUGGAAGAAAUGGAGGCCCUACACCAGCAACUUAAGAUGAACUUGGAGCGGGCCAAGGAAACUUACAAGAGGCAGGCAGACAAGCACCGCAGGGAAGGGGAGACCAUAUGGGUGGGGGACCGGGUGUGGUUGUCCACCCAAGGGCUACCUUUCAAAGGGGGGUGCAAGAAGUUGCAGCCCAGACGGCUGGGACCUUUUGAGGUAACACAGCAAGUUAAUCCCGUGGCAUUUAAGCUCAGGUUGCCUGAUAGCAUGAAAAUACACCCGGUUUUCCAUAGGUCCCUGCUUUCACCGCAUAGGGAAGGGCGGGAAUUCCAGGGGCAAGAGGGAGAAGUCACCACACACCCGCAGGUAGAAGAAAGGGAACACCACCACAGGGCCACGGAAAUACUGGACUCAAGGUGGCAAGGGCGCCGGGUGGAGUAUUUGGUAGCGUGGGAAGGGGAACCCAGGUCCGAAAAAACGUGGGUCCCCACGGAAGCCGUCGAGGACAGGUAUCUGGUGGAGGUAUUCCACCACCGGUUCCCGGACAAACCCAAACCCCUGGAGAGAUUCUGGGAGGAGCAAUUUGGAACCACAGAUGAGGAAGAGGUUUUUGAGGGAUUUUCUGACUCCGAGGAGGGAGGAGAGGUUUCGGAGGAAGAAGCAUCAGACGGGGAAGACCACCCCGUUGGUAGGUGGAAGAGCGAUUGGGAAGCGGGUUUCGAACCCACGGAAGAUGGUGACAGUUCCUUCCGGGGUUUCCCGCCUCCUCGGCCGACGAAGGGGACGAGUUGGUCCCACAGGUCGGCCCAGGGGUGGAGGGGAUUCUGGGGGAGGUGGAUGUCAGGGAACUGACAUCAGAGCGAGAGGCGAAGGGGAGGCUCCUGGAUGAUGCUGGAGAAGGACCCAGCAGCAGGGGAGAGGCGACUCAGUGGAGGGGAAGCAUUUAAGCGCAACACCAGGAACAAAAGAGAGCAGAUAGGAAAAACGGAGAGAGGGCACACGGACACUUCACUGGAACUCAGUGAGGAGGGGACAAGUACCCCGCUACCCACGCCCACCCUGCGCAGAAGGCUCCCGCGCAGUGAGAGGCGGAGGCGAUUGGGUGUCAAACAGCUCUUAUGUUGGAAGAGAUUCAAGAAACGCCCACUGACGGAUUCUGCUAGUGACUGAGACAGUCCUGAUCAGAAGGGGCUGUGCAGUCAGAAAGGUUUAACAAGGCAAAUCAGCCUAGAGAGGCACCAGUUUACGCACGAGUAACUCAUACUCAUUACAAUUAUGAUUCAGUGAAUGCAUUUUGAUGUUACUUGUAAGCCACCAUGGAAAGACUUGUAUAGUGAAAAGCGGGAUAUAAAUUAUUAUAACUGCAUUUAAUUAAAAACCAGUGGAGCAGUCAUUAAAGAACAUAUAACACUAAGCAAAGGCAUCGGCAGGAAUGUUUCCAUCUACCUUCCAAAAUUUAAGUUCUGGCAGGACCUUUUAGUGGGAGAGUUGCACAGUUCAGUUACUGUCAAAACUUGAGAGGGUUCAGGGCAGGAAGUUGGGGAUCUUGGGCCUAGCCUGUUCAUCUAUUUUAAUGUAUGUUAGACCAUUAACUCUGAACGGUUAAACUCUCUUUAAUACUUUUCAUUAAAAAACAAAUCCCACAGAAAUCAUUUUUGUUAAAAAUACGUCCAUUUCCUGGAUUAGCCUUUGCUACCCUCACUUCUUAAUUUAGACUUGGUUUUCGUUCCAAGAUCAAGAAUAUUUUAGUCAUUUUUAACCUGGAAUUUUCCUUUUCCCCCAGGUCUCCAACAGGCUGGAUUUCCCAUCAUCAUUACCGUCACCUCCAAGAAAUGCCUAUCUUGUCAUUUUUUCUUUAG